AUGGCCGAGGCGGCGGAGGUGGCGGACGCCCUCCGCCUGGCCAAGGUCGAGGCCACCCCCGACGGGCGCGUGCUGUGCGGCUGGAACGCCGCCGGCCUGAAAAAGACAGGGGGCCUCUGCGACUACCUCCUCCGCAGCGGCUUCUGGAGGGUCAUCAAGAAGCUCGGCUGCAUCAAAGCGGAUUUGAGGAUCGACAUUUCCGUGUACGAGCUGGCCGUCGCCAAGGUGGAGGCGUUGCUCCUCUCCCUGACGGCUGGGCGGCUGCUGCGGCCGAGGCCAGCAGGGGACGAGCCUGCCGACCACGCGCCCGCGCUGCCGCCGAUGGCCACCGGCGUGGCGGUCUACUACGCGGGAGCCGAGGGCACCGCUGCGCGCCAGCACGAGGCGGAGGGCGCCUCCUUUGAGCUCGGGCCUGCGACGUGCUGGGAGCAGCUCAGCCGCGACCUGCUGCGCGAGCUGGCCAGCGCCCGCGGGCACCCUGGGGCGGUCCAGUGCGGCCCUGGCGCCAGAGGGGCGGGAGGCCCCGAGGAGGUGGACGUUGGAGGCGCGGGUGCGGGCUGUCGCGGCGACGGCUGCGUAGCGUGGCUGGUGGCCACCGACAGCUCUGGCGCCCACGUGGACCUCCUCUCGCAGCGCGCCUCGCCCCUGCCCGGGCCGGAGCGGUGGCCGCUGAGCGUCCGCGCCGUCCCCGUGCGCGGGGAGGCCGCGCCGCCCGGGGAGGCGCCCAUCGAGGUCCCCGCCGGCCCCGGCGCCGCGGGCGGCGCCGCCGCGCUCGGUCGCGCCCCUCCCGGGGCGCGGUGGCGCGCCUGGGCGGAGCUGCUGGGCCUCAGGCACUGCAGCUUCCCCAAGGGUGACGAGUACGACCGCCUGAGUCAGGAGCAGAACCAGUGGACCGAAUUGAUCAGGACCGACGUCGCGCGCACGUUCGCCUGGCUGUCCGAGGCGGACAAGCAGGUGCUGCGCCGCGUGCUCAACGCGUGCGCCGCUCACUGCCCCGACGUCGGCUACUGCCAGGGCAUGAACCUCGUUGCGGGGGCGCUCUUGUACGCCUCCGCGAGCGUCCCCGAGACCCCAGAGGAGGAGAUCUUGGGCGCCCUGACGGCGCUGCUGCAACGGCUGGGCCUCAGGGGGUUCUACAGUGAGGGCCUCCCGCUGCUGCGCUGCUACCUGGAGGCUGGUGACCAGCUGCUCCGGGAGUUGGCGCCUGCGCUGCGGGAGCACCUGCGAGACGAGGGCGUGGACGUCAGGAUGUACCUGCAGCAGUGGCUCAUGGCGCUCUUCGUGGACUGCGUCCCGCUGCAGGUGGCGGCCGGCCUCUGGGACGCGAUCCUCCUGGAGGGCCUGCCCUUCGCGCUGCGCGCCGCGGUGGGCCUGCUGCGGUCGCUGGAAGGCGCCGCGGCGCUCCCCAGGGAUCUUGGCCGCCCUGAGGUCGAUGAGGGGCGGGGGCGCAGGCCCCGACGCGUGGAAGAUCGCGGGCGCUCUGGCCGAGCAGGCCGCCCGGGUGCAGAUCCCGGAGCACCUCCGCGAGAGCCUCUGCUGGGCGGCCGGGGCGCUGUGAGGGCGUCCGGCGCGCGCUCCCUGCGGGGCGUCUCGCUCAGGUCGCCGCCUCUGUCUUCGCACGGGGAGGCUCCGCCGAGAGAGCGUGUCCACAUCCACCCCACGGGCGCGGAUGCCUCCCUGGCGGCUGUGCAGCCCCCGAGGGCGCUGCGCCGGCGGGCGCGCACCUCGGAUGCCCGAGGCGGUGGCUCGCCGCGGUGCAGCCGACAGCGCAGGCCGGCGGCGGA